CGCUACUACGAUGUCGUUGGACAACAUCACCCAGUCUCUGGCAGCACUCGCCAUCCAAGCGCAGGGUGUAGUCUCUCACUGCACGACAAACUCUCCAGCGACAUGGCGGGAGGCGUUGGAAUCGGCUCCAUCGGCCCCCAAGUCAUUCGAGCUCCUCAAAACCCUAGUUUACAAGCCAAAAACUGCCAAGACUGCGACUCCUGUUCCACUGAUCAUUGUUGCACGCGAAAGUACCGAUGUCAUUUCCGGCGCCGUGGGCAAGAAGCUCGGUCUCAAGGACCUGCGCCUUGGCUCUGAGGAUCUCUUGAACGAAUUCUUCUCUCUAGACAAAAACUCACUUUCCCCCCUUGCACUCACUGAACAGACAUAUCCCAAGGUCACUACCGCCAUAGACUCCUCGAUCAUUUCAUCCGACUCGUUGUUUGCCGUGCGCGCUCUCGCGUCCGACUCGACACUUUUCUUGUCUGGCAAGGACAUCCACGCGUAUCUGAGACGGCUCGAGUCGAAGGAAUCGCCCCUGCACGAGAUCGACUUCGAGGCAUUGAAAACCGAGGCAGAUGCCCCGGCCGGUCAGGCCAAAACCGCUCCCGCGAAGGAGAAGAAAGACGAUGGCAAGAUCGAGGGUGCGAUUCAAAUCGCGAUUGGCAUCAAGAAAGAGGUGGACUUUGCGGCAUGGUACACAAACGUUCUGAUCAAGGCAGAUAUGCUGGACUACUACAAUGUCAGCGGAUGCUACAUCCUACGCCCAUGGUCCUACAGCAUCUGGGAGGUCAUUCAAGACUGGUUCAAUGUUCGCAUCCGCGAUAUGGGCGUGCAGAACGCGUACUUCCCGAUGUUCGUCUCUGCGAAGGUGUUGGAGCGAGAGAAGGACCACAUCGAGGGCUUCUCGCCGGAGGUCGCAUGGGUAACCCGAGCCGGGAACUCUGAACUCGAGGAGCCUAUUGCGGUUCGUCCGACGUCGGAGACGGUCAUGUACCCGUACUAUGCAAAAUGGAUUAAGAGCCACCGUGAUCUGCCUCUCAAGCUCAACCAGUGGAACAACGUCGUACGAUGGGAAUUCAAGAACCCUCAGCCGUUCCUGCGGACACGAGAGUUCCUGUGGCAGGAGGGACACACCGCACAUCUGACAAAGCCCGAGGCAGACGUCGAGGUGCGCGAGAUCCUGGAGCUGUACCGCCAGGUGUACGAGGACCUGCUGGCGGUGCCAGUCAUCCAGGGCAUCAAGUCGGAGAAGGAGAAGUUCGCGGGCGGGCUGUACACCACGACGGUGGAGGGCUUCGUGCCGACGACGGGGCGCGGGAUCCAGGCGGGCACGUCGCACUGCCUCGGGCAGAACUUCUCGCGCCCAGAGAUGUUCAACAUCUUCGUGGAGGACCCGAACGACCCCACGGGCCAGGGCAAGGUGUACGUGUGGCAGAACUCGUGGGGCCUGUCGACGCGCACGAUCGGCGUGAUGGUCAUGAUCCACGGCGACAACCAGGGCCUCGUGCUGCCCCCGCGCGUCGCGUCGGUCCAGGCCGUCAUCGUGCCGUGCGGCGUCACAGCGAAGACGAGCGACGCGCAGCGCAAGGCGAUCAGCGACAGAUGCGAGGCGCUCGCGGCCGCGCUCAAGGCGGCGGGCGUGAAGGCGAAGGCGGACCUGCGCGAGGGCUACACGCCCGGAUUCAAGUUCAACGACUGGGAGCAGAAGGGCGUGCCCCUCCGCCUCGAGAUCGGCCCCGCGGACCUCGCCAAGGACCAGACGCUCAGCGUGCGCCGCGACACUGGCGUCAAGGCCCCGCUGCCGCUCGCCGAUAUCACCACAUCGGUGCCCCAGCUCCUGGACGCCAUCCAGGCAGACAUGUUCCGGCGCGCGCAGGACACGUACUUCUCGCGGCUGCGCGUGGUCACCAGGUGGGAGGAGGUCGUGCCAACGCUCGACGAUAAGUGCGUCGCGGUCAUCCCCUGGUGCGAGGAGGAGGCGUGCGAGGACGACAUCAAGGAGCGCAGCGCAAAAUCCGCCGAGCCCACGGACGAGCGCGCUCCGUCAGCCGGGGCCAAGUCCUUAUGCAUUCCGUUCGACCAAUCGCGCUGGCCAGCAAUUGAGCCGGGCAAGACGAAGUGCCCGGCCUGCGGCAAGGAUGCGAAACGGUGGACCAUGUUCGGGCGGUCGUACUAG